ACAUAAAGAGAUUCGAGGGCCUUUUUGAAGGGGCAGGGCCGGGUCGGCGCGCAGACGUUCGCGCGCAGCGGGGCGCGGGGCGGCCGGGGGCGGCCCAGUCCCGUGCCGAGCGCCGCUCGGGCCGGCCGCGUCACGAGCCGCAUGAGCGCGCCGGAGUGCUAGCGCAGGUGCGCGGGUGUGGUAUGCCCGCGCGUCGCCGCCAUGGCCCCUCUGCUGGUGGCCUUGGCGCUGAUGACCUUGCUGCCCGUGUCGGAGCAAGGUCCCCACGAGAAGCGUCUACUGAACGCUCUGCUGGCGUCGUACAACACGCUGGAGCGGCCGGUAGCCAACGAGAGCGAGCCGCUCGAAGUCAAGUUCGGCCUGACGUUGCAGCAGAUCAUAGAUGUGGACGAGAAGAAUCAACUACUUAUAACCAAUAUAUGGCUGUCAUUGGAAUGGAACGACUACAACCUGAGGUGGAACGAUAGCGAGUACGGCGGCGUGAAAGACCUGCGCAUCACACCCAACAAACUGUGGAAGCCAGACGUUCUUAUGUAUAAUAGUGCUGAUGAGGGUUUUGACGGGACCUACCAGACCAAUGUGGUGGUCAGAAACAACGGCAGUUGCCUGUACGUGCCCCCGGGCAUUUUCAAGAGCACAUGCAAGAUAGACAUCACGUGGUUCCCCUUCGACGACCAACACUGUGACAUGAAGUUCGGUAGCUGGACCUACGAUGGCAACCAGCUGGAUCUGGUGCUUAAGGAUGAGAAUGGUGGCGAUUUAUCCGACUUCAUUACAAAUGGAGAGUGGUACUUAAUAGGAAUGCCAGGAAAAAAGAACACGAUAACAUAUGCGUGUUGUCCAGAGCCCUACGUGGAUGUCACUUUCACCAUUAUGAUAAGAAGAAGAACGUUAUAUUACUUCUUCAAUCUAAUAGUUCCGUGUGUCCUUAUCUCUUCGAUGGCUCUCCUGGGCUUCACUCUCCCACCAGACUCUGGAGAAAAAUUAACACUCGGAGUCACUAUUCUUCUCUCGCUGACGGUGUUCCUCAACCUGGUAGCCGAGACCCUGCCGCAGGUCUCCGACGCGAUCCCCUUGUUAGGUGUUACGAUCCUCCUGUCACAAACAGUUUUCUCCCUAUUGGUGGGGCACGUUAUCACAAAAACGUCAGAGGCCAUCCCCCUGAUAGGGACGUAUUUCAACUGCAUCAUGUUCAUGGUGGCGUCGUCGGUGGUGCUAACUGUCGUGGUGCUGAACUACCACCAUCGCACCGCCGACAUACACGAGAUGCCACAGUGGAUAAAAUCCGUGCUCCUGCAAUGGUUACCAUGGAUACUGCGGAUGUCGAGGCCGGGCAAGAAGAUCACGCGCAAGACCAUCAUGCUGUCCAAUCGGAUGCGAGAGCUGGAGCUGAAGGAGCGCUCGUCGAAGUCGCUGCUGGCCAACGUGCUGGACAUAGAUGACGACUUUCGGCAUGGUCCGGGAGCGCCUAACAGUACGGCGUCGACGGGGAACCUCGGGCCAGGCUCCCCCAGAUGCUCCAUCUUCCGCACCGACUUCCGCCGCUCGUUCGUGAGACCGUCAACCAUGGAGGACGUGGGCGUGGGCCACCAUCGGGAGCUGCACCUCAUACUGCGGGAGCUGCAGUUCAUCACGGCGAGGAUGAAGAAGGCGGACGAGGAGGCGGAGGUCAUCAGCGAUUGGAAGUUCGCGGCUAUGGUUGUGGACAGGUUUUGCCUGUUCGUGUUCAGCCUGUUCACGAUCAUCGCGACGGUGGCGGUGCUGCUGUCCGCGCCGCACAUCAUCGUACAGUGAGGCCGCACGCGCCCCACGCACCGAGAGAGAACUAUGCUUAAACCUAGACUUAUGAUAUACCUUGCGCCCCAAUCAAAAUGGCCACCUAGGACGGUAAUGGGUCAAUCUGACGACACCUUUGUUAUCUCAUUCUGACCUAUUACUGAGCACCUAUUAUUGUUACCUGUGGCGCAGUGGAUACUUCUAAUUUUAAAACUGUAUAAUAUUGUAUCUAAAUACGUGGUUCAAGCGCACACGGUCCCUAAACCAAGUCGAAAGACGGUAAAUAUAAAUAACAUACGUUACGUAGUAAGUCCGACAUAAUUAUAAAAUGAUUGUGAUGUUGACUAGGAUGUUAUACAGAUAAACGUUGACAAUUAUAAUUUGUUAAAAAUUUAAUAAUAUUACUAAUUAAAGGUAAAAGAGGUUUUAAUGAAUUGUUUUAAAGGUACGCUCGAAAGGUUUGGCUCCGCGCGGCAUAGAUUUUUGUUCUAAAAAUUUUAAUAAGCAAUUUACGAAAUAUACAACUGAUAUUGAAGAAUUUUACUGACAAAUUAUUUAUUUAAUACAGUUUAAUACAUGCACAAUCGACAUAUAUAUUUUGUAUUGGCGUUUAAGAUAGUUGUUAAUUUUGGAAUUGGGAUCUUAGAAGCGAGAGGGACGGCGCCCGCUCGGGUCGUAAUCCUUUAAGCAAAUGAGGGAUCACAGAUGCUGACAUUACCUUAGGGUAGUAAGUAACGUGUAUAUAACAUAAAGGAUCAAAUAUUGGUAGACUCGACUUAUAAUACGUCGUUACGGUUAUGUUUUAAGAUAGAUCUAUACGCGAGUUCGCGUCACGAGCGACGCGACGCGUAUAUCGCGGUUCACUUGUUUACCUUUAAUUUCCGUUGGAGCUCCAGGAAUUGUUUUAGUCGUGGAAUUGAUACAAAAUAAACAAUUAACAUGAUGGAACCAAAGUAAUGGUAGAUAGUUAAAAUUAUUGUAAAACAAAAGCUUAAACUAAUUGUUAAAUCAUCAAUUACAUCUUAAUUGUGUAAGUGAGCAUAACCGCAGUAUUAAGGACGUAGAUGAAUUGGAACAUACCUAUUCAAAUUUAUUAGAGUCAUUGAGCAUAAGCACGACACGAAGUACUAGGAGCAUUCUAGUGGUUAUUUUAUCUAGUCCCUUUAGCGACCUAGCGAGCGCGGCAGCGGCGCAUUUGGGAAACGUUUAUCAAUAAUGUACAUAAUAGUUAUCAAUUAUUAACGUGUGUAUUUGUACAUAAUAUCAAAAAAUGCAGCAAAAAAUAUUAUUCAUUUUGGAACAAUUACUGGUACGAAUUGCGAAUUUAUUGUAAUUAACUAGUUUCAGCACGAAAGAAAAAAUUAAAAAUGAUUUAUCUGUUUUGAUAAGGUAAACGCCUGUCUUCACAGCACGCUCU